AUCGAUUUUGGCUCAUCAUGCUAUGAAAGCCAACGUGUCUAUACCUAUAUCCAAUCUCGUUUCUAUCGCGCGCCUGAAGUUAUAAUUGGAUCUAAAUAUGGACGACCAAUCGAUAUGUGGUCAUUAGGAUGCAUUUUAGCUGAGUUACUUUCAGGCCAUGCCCUCUUCCCUGGAGAAAACGAAAGCGACCAAUUGGCAUGCGUAAUAGAAGUGCUUGGUAUGCCUAAUAAAUCCUUGCUUGUCAAUGCUAAACGGGCCAAAGCUUUCUUUAAUCCCAAGGGUUUUCCAAGGUACUGUAGUGUACGCACUAUGACUGAUGGAACGGUUGUAUUAAUAGGUGGUCAAUCGCGGCGAGGAAAGCCGCGAGGACCUCCUGGUUCUAAAAGCUUGUCAAAAGCUUUGGAUGGCUGCAAAGAUGCACUAUUUUUAAAUUUCAUAAGAGGUUGCUUGGAGUGGGAUCCAGAAAAACGAUUGACGCCAGCAGAAGCUCUAAAACACCCCUGGUUACGGCGUCGUCUUCCACGACCCCCAAAUUGCGCUAGCUGCCCUGGUGAAAGAGAGAACAUCGGAGACAAUGGUGCGACUCCCAGAAGUACCAACGGUGAUAACACUCCAAUAAUUGAUAAAACCGAAAAAAUUAAAGGGAGCGAAAUCAGUGGUAAUAUCGUUGGGCCGUCAUCGUCAACAACUUCCUCUCUAAAGGAUAAUAUGUCAUCUCGAAGCGGCAUAGCUCUUGCUACUACUUUAACAUCAUGUAGUGGAGAUGUAGUUCCCUCCAUUUCAAUAUCAUCCAUUUCCAUAGAAAAUAAUGUGGUACAAAAUACGAUUGAACUUGUAUCUUUUGAGAAUUCCUUUGUCGCUUCCGAUAAUGCAAGUACUAGCAGCCACCGUAUCAGUAGUUGCAGCAAUAGAAGUAGCUGUAAAUCCAUUAGCUUUAAUAAGUCAAACACUAGCGAUUUAUCUGCUGUUAGCGAACAGGCUGUUUCAGUAUCGCCAAUAAAAUGCUCUAUUUCACACUUUACAUCGUCGACAUGUCUAUUGUCCAACGUUUCCAAGCAGUGCGGAUGUAAGUGUGAUGUACUACAAUCCUAAAAACGUAAAUUAAAUGAAAUGAGAAUUAUAGAAAUGUCACUUUGUAAAGCAUUUAAAAACUUUUUUUUAUUUUCAUAUAAGUAUGAUAGUAAAUUAGCAUAUUUUUUCACAUUAUGUGUAAUUUUCAUAUUAGUUUUAAUAAGUAUUUUAGUUUAAAAAGAGACUAAUUGGCUAAAAAGACUAACAGAAAAUUACAGGCAAAUUACAGGCAAAUUUCAGAUUGCACCAAAUAUGCACAGCUUUUUAUGCUAAGUUACAAAAUUAAUAGCCGGUAUAAGGAUCUUUGCCAACAACAGUUGUCGCGUUGUAUUAUUCACCAACUAGAAUAUGCAAUAUUGCCUUGCAAAUUAAUUCUUCAACGAUAACACUGCCCUGCAAAUUUCAAUUUUUCUGAUGCGAAUAAGAUGUGACCUAGUGUUCCCGAAGGGAAUUUUCGCGCUGAGCACGAAUCCGAGUUCAAAAAUUUUCCAUCACGUCAGGUUUUCAAAAAAAAGGGGGUUGAAACCCCUAAAAAUAGCGUAUUUGGCCAUUUUUCAUAAAUUGUGGAGCAGAACCCUGACGUGCUACGAUCUUCGUUAUUGUCAGUAAUUGAAGGUUGAACUUUGCUCUUUGAAAUAAGCCCAAACCCAAAUUGUUCGCAUGCACCCUUAGAGUAGGGGGUGUACUUAUGUCUACGGGGGUAGAGAAAAAAAUGAACAUAGGAACUUAGGAUUUUUUUUAUUUCUUUUUAAAUGGAAUGUUUGACUUCAGAUUUGUAAUCAGCGACACUAAAUACCUUAGGAACACUGCACUUUUCAUUAUAUCUUAUCUUGAGUGUAGAUAAGUUCCUAUGCUCAUUUUUUUUCUCUACCCCCGUAGACAUAAAUGCACCCCCUACUCUAAGGGUGCAUGCGAACAAUUUGGGUUUGGGCUUAUUUCAAAGAGCAAAGUUCAACCUUCAAUUACUGACAAUAACGAAGAUCGUAGCACGUUAGGGUUCUGCUCCACAAUUUUUGAAAAAUGGCCAAAUACGCUAUUUUUAGGGGUUUCAACCCCCUUUUUCUCGAAAACCUGACGUGAUGGAAAAUUUUUGAACUCGGAUUCGUGCUUAGCGCGAAAAUUCCCUUCGGAAUCACUAGGUCCCAUCUUAUUCGCAAAACCGAUGCAGGGCAGUGUAAUUGAUAGUAACAAAAAAGUCGAUCGAUAUAACAUCAGAACACCGAAGUUAAUUGCUGAUAAAAUUGUAGCAGCUUUAAAUGAAAAAUCGUUAAGACAAGCAUCAUUGGGUAAUUUUUUUUGGUGUAAAAUAUAAUAAUUUUAAUGAGUGCUUCUGAUAUACAUAGAAUUACACUGUGGAACAAAUUCAGGUUAGCAAAAAUUAGGUCCAUUCUGAGAGUGGCGGGUGAAAAUAGAGGCGAAAUUAGAAGACCCGUAUCGCGCCGUUUUUUUAUGUUAGUUCGAAUUUUUUUUUAAUCGGUCUUCGAAGUUCGAAAUCGGAGCAAAAUUGUUUAUAUGGUUUUUUGGCUAUAACUCGUCGACUAAUUGAUAUUUUUUCAAUCUGUAAAAGCUAAAUCAUUGCUAGAGACCUGUGCAUCAAUUACAAUUUUUGAAAAAAUUGAUUUCGAAAAUUUUUGUGGUACUUAUGAAGCAAUAUACUGAAAAUCGGCAUUUGACUGCAAACUUCGAAGGCCGAUUAAAAAAAAAUUCGAACUAACAUAAAAAAACGGCGCGAUACGGGUCUUUUAAUUUCGCCUCUAUUUUCACCCGCCACUCUCAGAAUGGACCUAAUUUUUGCUAACCUGAAUUUGUCCCACAGUGUUAUAGAACUUUCAUUGCGAGUAAGGCUAAUAAAUUAUUUGUUUCAUUAAGUUUUUUUUAAGAUCAUUACGUCAACAAUUUCGACCGAAAACUUAUUUACGGGCAAUACAUACCACUUAUUUCUUAUAAGUUAUACAUGCAGUGCCUUGCAAAUUCUUAAAUUUUUAGUUGUUUUCAUUAUAAGAACAUAAGGCAUGGGGCAUACAAUUUUCUAAGUAACUUUGAAGAAUGCUUGAUCUCAAAGUCAGAAUUUGAAAACGGACAAAUUUUGAGAACGACUUAAGCAAUUCGUAUGUAUACAAAAUGUUCCUUUUACUUACAAUAGAAAAGGUGUAUAAUUUUAAGUUCGCAAAGAAGAAAAACAUUUUUUAUCACUUCUAAUGUUAAUACAAAAUUUCUGUUUCCACUUUUCGUUGUUUUUUUAGUUUUAGCAUAUAGGUAAAGAGCAUUGUUUUCAUUAAUAUGAUUGUGAAUAUCAAAGAUUGUUAAUGUUUCUCGUCGAAUAAAUGUUAACAGAUCAG